AUGAGCGACAGCUUUGCCAGCGACGACGUGGUUGACAUCACUCUUCGUCUUGGUGGCCUUUCUAUCAGUGUUUCAGGGCCCUCAUCUCAGGCAAUUCAAUUGGUGUCUGAGAUCACAGCUGCUCGGUCCACUUUGGAAUCUUGUCGAUUGCCUUCAGAGAGGGGCUCUCCAACUCCUUCAGUGGCUCCUUUUGGAUUUGGCGCUGUGGGUGAGACAUGUCCUCAGCGCUUUUUGGACUCUUCAUCUUCUCUGGGCAGAGGAUUGGUUGACAGACGUCAGCGAGUUGAGAGGGCUUGGAAAGCCGGCAAUUGGGCUAGGGCGGUGUUGCGAGGCCGGGCAGGCUCUCCAAAUCGAACUCCACAGCUUUCUUUGCAGCCCAGGAUCUACGUGGUGCUUCGGGCCGAAGGCUUGCUGCUUCCGAAGCAGCAGAUCCUAUUAGUCCGCUUUGG